AUGCCUCCCAAGCGGAAUAUUCUGCUUGUGAUCGCAGACGAUCUUGGCAAAGCUUUGGGAUGUUACGGCGACAACACUAUCAGGACCCCGAAUAUAGAUCGCCUCGCUCAAGAAGGAGUUGUGUUCGAUAAUGCCUUCGCAAGCACGGCCUCCUGCAGCGGGAGCCGCUCCGUCAUCUAUUCCGGACUGCACACGCAUGAGAAUGGGCAGUACGGGCUCAACCACUAUACACACCAUUUCAUGACGUUCGAUCACGUGGAGACCGCGCCGAGGCUUUUGCGAGAUCAUGGCUAUCUGACGGGCAUCAUUGGCAAGAUACAUGUAGGGCCGAUGUCCAUAUAUCCAUGGGAAAUAGUCGAUGAAAGCGCGACGCGUGAUGUCAAAUGGGUAGCUGGACGCGCUGAAUCGUUCUUCAAGACGGCCGCGCAAGAUGACCGUCCAUUCUUCCUCACAGUUGGAUAUAUGGAUCCGCAUCGUGACCACACCCGUGGCGGGUUUGGCAAUGGGGAUGAGACUGUAUCUGCAGAGGACCCGUUAUAUCAUAGCAACGAGGUCGUCGUGCCGGGAUAUCUGAGUGACAUUUCGGAGGUGCGAGAAGAAUUGGCAGAGUACUAUCGGUCAAUUGCUCGAGUCGACAGGGGUCUCGGUUUGAUUAUGAAAUAUCUGAAACAAUAUGGACAUGAUCAAGACACUCUCGUCAUUUUUAUGAGCGACAAUGGUCCCCCUUUUCUAAAUUCAAAAACCACACUGUAUGAUGCAGGUAUCCGUUUGCCAUUCAUUGUCCGCCAGCCUGGCGUAACAGCGUCAGAGCUAAAUCCAAAUCUAAUAUCUUAUAUUGAUAUUCUACCGACCAUUUUAGACUGGGCUGGCUAUCAGUCUUCAUCCAUCCACCCGGGGUCCAGUUCUCCUUCCAGGCGUGGCAGGACUUUUCUACCGAUCAUGACCAAAACUUCACUAGAUAAUGCGUGGACAAGGGUAUUUGGGUCGCAUACAUUUCACGAAAUCACAAACUACUAUCCAACUCGCUUCAUUCGCACUACAAGGUAUAAAUAUCAUCGUAACAUCGCCUGGAAACUUGACUUUCCCUUCUCAACAGAUCUCUAUGCCUCACUGUCCUGGGAGGGUAUGAGAAAUGUUGAUGGGCCUGUGAAGAUUGGAUGGCGCACACUGGAGGCCUACAUCCGCCGCCCAGCGGAAGAACUCUUCGACAUGGAGAAAGACCCAAGAGAAGUGAAUAAUGUUGCAAAUGACCCGGCAUAUGCAAAUGUUCUUGUUCAGAUGAGGGAAGAUAUGGAGAAUUGGCAGCGUGAGACAAGAGAUCCAUGGUUAGUCCGGGAUGGAGUGUCCCUGUUGGAGAUGCAAGGUCAUCUCGACGCAGGGCUCAAAAUUCCCAACCGGUUCGAUUUUGAGGUUGAGGCACCGAGAUCCAAGUGA